UUUUUUUUUAAAAAAAAAGCUUUCUCAACUGGAUGUGCGCGGCGAUGUGCGCGGCGGGCACUUUUUGCCUGGCAAAUCGAAUCGCGGGGCGUGCGAUCUGUCGCCGCUUCGGCCGACGGGCCUGCGCCUUUGCGACCGAGUUGUUGGUGGACGCAGAUGGCCACAGCAUGCGGCUCAUCACCGAGGCGAUGCAGGAGUUGAACUCUGAUGGGCGAGUGAGGGCCACGCUUUUCGGGCCGCCUGCUCGAAUGACGAACCCAAACUGGAGAGACUUCUUGGCACAGGCAGACGUAGAGUAUGUCCCGGUGCCCCGGUCGGGCGAGAAAGAUCCCACGGACGAGGCCAUCAUCGACCACAUGAGCCGCUUGAAGCAAAACGCGGCCGUGAAGCGUGUGGCGCUGCUGAGCUCGGAUGCCGGGUUUCGCGAGGCGGUGGCACAGCUGGCCUUUGAGAAGGAGGUCAUCGUCUUGCUGCGGAGGGCGUUUCCCAGGACGCGAAAGCAAUUUGAGGACGCGGGGGCCCGGGUGGUGUCGCUGGAGCCGGACGACUUGCAGUACAAGGUACGGGCGGUUCUUCGCUCGGACGGGAGCGGCGUGGCCGAGCUUUUGAGUCCUUUCCGAGUGCCACGCACGGAUGACCAAAUCUCUGAAGAAAUCGAAGACCUGCUGGUGCAGUUUGGAUAUAAAGGGCCAGGGGACCCCACGGUGCCUGGCAUCGCCAAGUUCUUCGCCGAGCAUCGGAUGGAUCUGACGGUGUACCCUUCGCAGCAAGCGGCCUGGGACAUGCACGCAGCCCUGGCCUCGCGUGUUGCCGCGAAGGCGAGCGGUGAGAUGGCCUAUGUGAUGCCCCUGCGGGGCCGGCCAAGAAACACCCCGGAGACACAGAAGAAGUUCGGCUCCAGCAAGGCUCGAUGCAUCUUCGAGGGCGGGGGGCCCUUGUUGCUUCGCAACGAGAUGACGAGCGAGGCUUUGGAACGGCUGGGCUACCUGGAUGGCUGGAGCCCAGAUCCGCGGGAGGCCAUCGUCACCUUCUGCAACUCCGCGGGGAACAAGUGGGCGCUGCGGAAGCUGGGCUUGUUGCCCUUGGGCGACGACUCGUUGGUCGAGCUCCGCCGCAAGCUCCGUGCGGCGCUUCUGUCGCCCAGGGCCUUCGGCACCUGGGAGAUGGCGCCCAGCGACGGCCGGGCGAGGCGGCUGUUGCUGGGCCACGGCUUCCUGGCCUCGGAGAGUGCGCCACGGGAGGAGGUCCGGCAGGCCAUGUUGAGCUUCUUUAAGGCCAAAGACCUACCUGCCAUGACGAACUACUCUGCCAACGUGUGGCAGAUGGACCUCUUGGCCGCGAAGCGUCCCGACCGCCGCGAGGUAUUCGAAAGGUAG